AUGAUCGAAAAACUGAUCAAAGGUAUCAACCAAAGAUUGUUCCAAGGACUUAUCCGAGGAUUGAACCCAAGGUAUGAACCAAGGGCUGAUCCAAGGUAUGAUCCAAGGACUGAUCCAAGGUAUGAUCCAAGGUGUGAUCCAAGGUAUGAUCCAAGGUAUGAACCAAGGACUGAUCCAAGUACUGAUCCAAGGUAUGAACCAUAG